AUGAUCGAGAACAACAGAGUAGAAAAUGAGAAAAAGGAUAUCACCAAAGUUUUGGACCCAAAGGAAAAGGAUUGGGUCAUCAAAAAUAUUAAGUUCCAAUUCUUGUUACAAGUAUCUCAUGUCAUACUUCUGUGGGGCUGGGGAGAGGGAAUGUGGGCGUGUGGUGGAUGGGUGAAUGUGGGGAGCCAGAAUUCAGAAAAAUUAUCCCAUAAUGAAAAACGGAAAAAAGGUUGCCCGCACCCUUGGACGGAAUACAACAAUCAUUGCUAUUUGGAAGGUCAAACAAAGGUCACGUGGAUGGGAGCUAAGACGGAGUGUGUGUCAAGGUGUUCUCACUUGGUUGUGAUUGACAGCGAAGAAGAAUCAGAGUGGCUUGCUGUGACAUUCCUUAGGAAGGGCACCUGUUCCUUGAACGUAUUUUCCGACUGUAGCGCCUGGACGGGCGGAAAUGAUCUUAACAUUGAGGGCCAAUACGGUUGGAACCAGUCAAACGUGACCAUGAACUUUACUUAUUGGCAUCUAAACGAACCGAGCGUCGGUUAUCCCGAAUUAGCUGUAAAGAGAGAUUGUAUUGAUCUAUUAAGAAGCGGCAAAUGGAACGAUAGGUCAUGUUCCUUUCUUAAUUCAUUUAUAUGUGAAAAAUCCCAUGUUUUCUAG